UGUUGUUACCCGGGCGGGGCCCGCCCCCUUCCGCCUCCGCGCCAACCGCCGCGCGCCGACGGCGCGAGCACCGCCCUCCACCGCCGCGCGCCGCCAAUUGCGGCGGAGCAGCGGCCUCUCCGCCCCCGCCCCGGCCAAUCCGAAGAGACACAAACACUCGGGGCCACGCCCUGUCCCGCGGGCCGGCCAAUCACGGGUGGGCAUGGCCGGCGGGCCCGCCCCGGUCUCCGAGUCACGGGCUCUCCGUGCGCGGCGGGCGAGUGGUGCCCCGCCGGCCAAUCGGUCUGCGCGCAAACAGCCUCGGCCCCGCCCCCGCGCGCCCCGCAGCCAAUCGGCAGGGACGUAAACAGGCGGCGGCGCGCCCCCGGUGGGCGGGGGCAGUGGUUGGGCACGCGUCGCCCGCCAUGGUGGAGCCGGGCUCGGCCGCCGGGCCGUCGGAGGGGCGGGGGCGGGACGAGCGGAGCCUGGAGGCGCUCAGCCUGGCCGCCGGCGGCGAGGCGGCGGCGGCGGGGCGGCAGCUGCCGGAGGGUCGGCGGGCGACGCUGGCGAGCGCCCUGGAGCUGGAGGGCACGGUGCUGCGCGAGGGUCGCCUCACCCAGUUCGUAGCCAACAACCUGGAGCGGCGGAUCCGGCUGAGCGGCGCCCCGCGGGGUGAGCCCUCGGCGGGGGGCGGCGGGUCGUCCAUCCCCGCCAUCGACCCCGGGGCGCUGCAGGACGUGGUGGCCCUGGCCGGGCAGGUGGCGGCGCAGGUGGACGAUCUGCUGCGGAACGUGCACUGCGGGCUGCAGGCGCUGACGGCGCUCAGCGUCGGCUGCAUCCAGACCUACCGCGACGGCGUGGAGAGCCUGGGCGAGGCGGCCGACCUCAGCAUCCGCGCCAUGUACGCGCUGGUGGCGCGCUGCGAGGAGCUGGACCGCGCCAUGCAGCCCGUGCCCGCCCUGGCCAAGCGCAUCCGCGACAUGAAGGGCACCCUGGAGCGGCUGGAGGGGCUCUGCAAGUAGCUGCUCCCGCCGCUGGGGCUGGACGGAGAAGCGCGGCCUGGCCGCUGCCUCCGCCGUGCCGGCAGCGCUGGGGGGCCCGGCCCGGCGGGGACUCGCCCUGCCCGGGGCUCUGGGGCUGCUGCUCGCCCUGCCCGCGGCCCCUUCUCGCACGGCCCUCAGCCCCCCCCGCACAUCCCGCUCGCUGCCCCUGUGCGUGACCGGCCGCGGCAGCGGCCGCAUCGCUGCUGUCAGUCUGAAGGAAGCGAAGUGUUUCGACCGAUAAAGGAAAAGGUCCUAGUUGAAAUCGCGGGGCAAAUGGUAGAUGGUGCUUUCAAGCUUCAGCUCCAUUAAAGAAUUUGGAUUCCACAUGCCUUAUGCUUUCUAUUUAUUGAGGGCUAGGAAAUACGAAUCGAUCCUAGUUAAAAGUAGCUGUAAAAAUUCUUUUUUUAAAAUACAAGAUUCGAAAUUGUUGUGAAUACUUGCUUGACGCUUACAGGCAAACGUGCUUAUUUGUAGCUGACUUGGUGCCUGACAACUCACUUCUGCUGUUGCAGCAAAAUAGACAAGCAGAACGCUACUUUUUCCUACAGGACACAGUUGUAAGAGAAGAUAAGAGGAAAUGUAAUAUGUUUAUAACAAAGACGUUUGCCUUCUGAGAAUAAUAUAAAAAACGUGGAAUAAAUGAGAUUCAGAUAAGAACGAAUCCAUAUGCAAAGUUCUAAAUAAAAGCCUUCAGAUGAAAUAUGCUUUGUUUCUAUUAGUCUACAGUUUUCACAGUGUAAAAGUUUAAAUGGCAUCACUGUGAAAUGAUGCUAUGAUUUUAUAGUUUGCUUUUUGUUGUUGUUUCUUUUCCUUCCAAUUGGGAAAAUAUCUGUUUAAUUACAUGAAGAACAUCACACGAAUAUGUGAUGACAUUAUGUGGGUGUAUGACUGACAUAAAAUGGGUACUGUGGGAUAAUUUAUUUGUGUAACUUAAAGCUUUUGUAUAUGCAUGAAGGUGUGCAGAAGUGAUUUUGCUGUAUCAGUAAGUGUUUCCUUUGAGACCUGAUAGUAGCCAAAUUAUCUGCUCACUAUGGUUCCUAUGCAACAAGCCACUUAGAUGAUGCUCUUAGCAAUCCAUUUAGUUCACAAAUGUCCCUGCAACAAGAUUUCAGCAGAGAAACAAUCACUGUGAUAUUACAUAUGUAUAAUGGUGCUUUUGGUUACUAGCAACUCCUAAAAAAACCUCGGAGAGCAGGUUGCCAAAAAUACUAUUCGAGUCCUGUAACUUUGGUUGAAGAGCAGGUAGGUUUAUGAUAGGCAGAGCUGCUACCCCACCGUGAUCUCAU